AUGUGGACCUUUCUCGGUAUCGCCUCCUUCAUCUACGUGUAUAAAAAGUGCGGCGACCUUAUGACUUACGCUAAUAAGGAGGUGCUACUCUCUGCGUUAGUGUUUUUCUCCCUCGGCUUGCUGCUGUCGUACAGGGACCACUUCAGGGGGCCCAAGCAGCAGCCGCAGCGCAAGACCCACCUCGGGAUGCUCUCUGAUGUUCUCUCAGCUUUACCGCUUGUUGGCUUCUUCUGGACAAAACCCACCCCAGGAUCUCAGCAAGUCGAACAACCCAAAUCCAGAAAGGGUAAAAGAGAAGUAAACCUCCCAGAUGUAUAUCUGACAGAGACUGCUCCAAAUACAACGUUAUCGCCCCAUUAUGAUCCAGAAGUUAUCAUUGUGGGAUCAGGUGUCCUUGGUUCUUCCUUGGCCACAGUGCUCUCAAGGGAUGGAAGAAAGGUGACUGUGAUAGAGAGGGAUCUGAAAGAACCUGACAGGAUUGUUGGAGAAUUGUUGCAACCUGGAGGUUUUAAUGCACUUAGAGACUUGGGUCUUGAAGAUACAGUAGAAGGUAUUGAUUCACAAAUAGUAAAUGGUUACAUAAUUCAUGACAUAGAGAGCAAGUCGGAGGUUGAAAUUCCUUAUCCAAGAUAUGAGGAUGGCCGCGUGGCCAGUGGAAGAUCUUUUCAUCAUGGCCAGUUCAUCAUGGGUCUCCGAAAGGCAGCUAUGGCAGAGCCCAAUGCAAAAUUCAUUGAGGGGACUGUGUUACAAUUGCUUGAGGAAGAUGACUGUGUCGUGGGUGUUCAGUACAAGGACAAAGAAACUGGAGACACUAAGGAGCUUCAUGCACCACUUACUGUUGUAGCUGAUGGACUUUUUUCCAAGUUUAGAAAAAACUUGGUCUCCAACAAAGUUACUGUUUCAUCCCAUUUUGUUGGUUGCAUUUUGAAGGAUGCACCACAGUUUAAAGCUAAUUAUGCUGAACUUGUUUUAGCUAAAACUAGUCCAGUGCUAAUCUAUCAGAUUUCUUCAACUGAGACUCGGGUCCUUGUUGAUAUUCGAGGGGAAAUGCCAAAAAAUUUAAAAGCAUACAUGAUUGAGAACAUUCAUCCACAACUACCGGAUCACUUAAAGGAACCAUUCUUAAUAGCAGUUCAGAAUGAUCGUUUGAGGACUAUGCCAGCCAGCUUCUUGCCUCCUUCAGCUGUUAACAAAAAAGGUGUUCUUCUUUUAGGAGAUGCAUACAAUAUAAGACACCCGCUAACUGGUGGAGGAAUGAGUGUUAUUUUAAAUGAUGUUAAAAUAUGGAGAAGUUUGCUCCAGGAUAUUCCAGACCUUUAUGAUGAUUCUGAUGUUCUUAAGGCAAAAAGAACAUUUUACUGGGCAAGAAAAAAAUCUCAUUCUUUUGUAGUGAAUGUUCUUGCCCAGGCGCUUUAUGAACUCUUUGCUGCCACAGAUGAUUCCUUGCAUCAGCUCAAGCAAGCCUGUUUCCAUUACUUCAGACUUGGUGGAGAAUGUGUCUCGGGUCCUGUUGGAUUGCUAUCUGUGUUAUCUCCUAAACCAAUGGUACUGAUUGGCCACUUCUUUGCUGUGGCAUUAUACGCUGUUUAUUUUUGCUUUAAGUCAGAGUCAUGGAUCACCACACCUCGAGCAUUUUUCUGUAGUGGAGCUGUUCUCUACCGGAGUUGCUCUAUAAUAUUUCCACUUAUUUACUCUGAAAUGAAGUAUUUAGUCUAUUAAAAUCCAGGGGCAAAUGACUGGAGGAAGAAAACAUGAAAAUCACGAUGCCUUCAAAAUCUUUGGACAUGUACUAUUUAAUAUUGUAUUAUGUUUUCUUCUCUUCAAAAUGUGAUUUCCUUGAUAAGGAUUUGACUGAAUUUUGGUUUUGUGGUUAUAUACAUAUAUAUUAUAUGUAAAUAUUCUUUUCUUUGCAAUUAAAAUUCAAAAAGGAUUUAGAUGUUUACAAGGGCCAUAAUUAAGUGUUGACAUGUCGUAGAUAAUUGCCAGUUUUGACAAAUUUCAUUCCUUGCUUUAUCCAUUGCUGAGUGCACCACUAAUAUUAAUAAACUGAAAAGUGAAAACUGUAAACCA